AUGCGUUACGACUUCUGGGACGUCAUACUGUUCCCAAAGGACUCACCUGUUCCGAUUCAAGAGUUCAAGACUGCAUGCUACCAUGCUUCAGACACUAGACUCCAUCAGCCACCGACGUUGGCAUGCUACAUCAGCUCUCUCCCUCCAACAACGCCCUUUCGUAUCUCAAUCCACUCAUGGGCUCCCGCGGCCAAGCCAUCGGCAGUUAUCGAGUCUCGACGAAAAGCACAUCAGAAGAUAAUGUACAUGAUCCAGGUCAUCGUAGAUGGUGCCAGAGUCUUCCGCGGAUGCUUCGACAUACCGUCCAAAUGGCCCCAGGAGAUCGCGCACGAGAAGCGAGCUCAUACCUCUACCGACCACCCCACAAGCCAACACAAGACCCCUCUUGGAUUUCCACCCUUUGCCCAACAAACCUUGAUGCAACCUACAUGGGAAUCCCGAGACCCGCGCGGCAGAAUCAACAUCGUGCUUUCAGAGCAGCUGAUUAGUACAGGCGGCAGUCUUGGCGAGUCGGAUCUGGAAUCGAGCAAUGAAAUAGUUUGCUUCUCUUUUCAGCACGCGCCCAAAGAUGUACUAGAACAAGCGGGUAUAUCGUGGCCGAUACGAAAUCCCUUGUACCUCUCAGGUGUUCACAGUGACCAUGCGUCUCCAAACAGCACAGUGCCAUCCCCAAAAUUAGCAAGGACGCAGGGUAUGUCCAACGCCGACAAAAUCAACUCGCCACACAAGCCUGCUUCCAUGUCCAUGUCUUCCUUUAUGCGGUCUCGCAACAGUGAACCGUUCCAAAGACCAAGGACACAACCACCAGCGCACUCGCACUUUCCGAAGCCACCCCUUGGCGCUAGAGGUCACAGCCGCGCUGACAUAUGGGACGACUCUUUCGGCUCGUUUCGUGAUAAUCAUGACAGUAUCAGUCUAGACUCCUGGUCUACGCAUCGAAGCACGUCCAAUUCAACUGGCGAUGCCCUCCUGGGUGACGGAAUUUUCGGCCCGUCACACGCAUCCAGACCUCCAGCCUGGAGAAAUCCACCACUGAAAUUUCAAGCGAGUGCGAAGCCGAACUGGGCUGGCCAACGUUCAAGGAAAGACCGGGAUAAGCAGGUCGUUCUAACGCUCCGUGACGACCAACUAGGACAAAUUAUCCAAGCCAUCAGUCCGCCGAAGAGACAUCAAGACUUGGCGCAAGGCCCCGAAACUCAGAGUGGAGGCUACAGUGGUCGCCCACCUGCCCCUCACAUGUAUUGUCCGCCCAAAAUGGGAAGUCUCUCACUUACUGGUCCGCCCUCUGCUGCUGCACUUGCCCGCAAGUCGUCAUACUCAAAUCUUAAUGCAGCUCUACGGAAUGCGCAGAAUAGACCAUCACCGGGCAAACCUGUUGUUACUCACCAUAGCAAAACCCAUGCGACUGCGAUGUAUCAUCCUUCUGCGUCAAGCAACAAGGAGAACUUUCCCCCAUCGCAAUCGAGAUUGCCGACAGCUUUUCCGGCGGCCAAUCGCGUUCCAACACCCGAUAUCUUCGCCCCCUCGCUGGCACAGUGGGACUCUGACGUGUCGAUGAGGAAUCCGUCUUCACUUUUCUCGGGCUACAAUCAAGCUGGAAGUAGAAUCCCUGUCCUAUCAGAGAUACAUAACAAACACAGUCCAGCACACACGCCCUCAAACCUUGGUGGUAUCAAGAGCAGGAAGGAAGGUCUGACACGUGACUCACCACACCUAUCCGAGCAAGGGGCUCGACACGACCAGAGCCUCCUCCCACAAACGACCAGCAACCAGAGCACUGUAGAGAGACCUAUGGGAAGGGAGCACUUGAGCAUCUCACGAAAUACUCCCAGAAGGCGUUCAAAAGCUAUACCAGACAUCGUCGAGAUCAUCGAUGUCGACGCCAUCGAUCCAGACCUGAACGCAGAAGCACCAAUAGACGCCACCAAGCUCUCGCCUUACCAAACACAACACAAACCUGGAAUGUCAUCCAUGGAUAGCACCACGCGUAUCGAGCGUGAAACACGCGAUGCCCUCGGGGUUUAUCUUGAUGCCCAUUCUGAUAUCGACAUGGGACCAGAGCUUGCUCAUGCUCUACGAGAAAGCACUGUGGUUGAAGGGCUUGGUACAAGCCCCCGCUUGAACACUGGAACUAGUGGGUUUGAGCAUGCUGCGAAGCGGAAACGAGAAGUUACCCAAGAAACAGAAAGUCCAGUCAGCAAGAGGGAGAAGGGAGGCAACCCUGAUGUUGAGGAGGUGGCAGAUGUGGAUAUGCCAGGCAAGAGGGAGGAGUGA